GACUCUGUAAGGAAAAUGGCUAAUAAAGAUGCACAACCAAUGAUAUGUCCUAGCAGCGGUGUGCAUAUAGUUCUCCCUGACUACUAUUCCCCAGAAGGAAUGGGUUUGAUUGUUCCUAAAACUAAGGAUGGGCGUGUUGUUUUCAUGCUCCCAUGGUUGGGGAGAACUCUAGCUGGCACUACAGAUUCUAACACUGCCAUCACUUCGCUUCCAGAGCCACAUGAGGAUGAAAUUCAGUUUAUACUUGAUGCCAUUUCUGAUUAUCUUAAUGUCAAGGUACGACGUACAGAUGUUCUUUCUGCUUGGAGUGGUAUUCGUCCAUUGGCUGUGGAUCCUAAAGCAAAGAACACAGAGAGCAUCUCUAGAGAUCAUGUUGUAUCUGAGGAUUAUCCUGGUUUGGUCACAAUCACUGGUGGAAAGUGGACAACCUAUCGAAGCAUGGCGGAAGAUGCAGUUGAUGCUGCGAUCAAGUCUGGUAAACUAACCCCAGGCAGUGGGUGUUUAACUCAAAACCUGCACCUUAUUGGUGGAGAUGGAUGGAAACCUUCAUCUUUUACUGUUCUUGCCCAGCAGUAUGUGCGCUUGAAGAAGUCUCACACUGGUAAAAUUGUUCCUGGGGUAAUGGACACAGCUGUGGCAAAGCAUUUAUCUCAUGCAUAUGGUACACUGGCAGAGCGGGUGGCCACCAUAGCGCAGAAUGAAAAUCUGGGGAAGAGACUCGCUCAUGGAUACCCUUUUCUGGAGGCUGAGGUUGCAUACUGUGCUCGGCAUGAGUACUGUGAGUCUGCUGUUGAUUUCAUUGCUAGGAGAUGUCGCCUUGCUUUCCUUGACACUGACGCAGCUGGCCAUUCGUUGCCACGUGUUGUCGAAAUACUUGCUGCAGAGCACAACUGGGGCAAGUCAAGGAAGAAGCAAGAGAUGCAGAAAGCUAAAGAAUUUUUGGAAACUUUCAAGUCUUCAAGGAAUGCUCAGUUUCGUGACGGAAAGCACCAAUAGUAAGUUCUAUUUUGAUUAACUAACCCGAAACUUUCACAAAAAGUCUGUAUAUUAAUGGUUUGCUUUUGAGAGUUCAUACAAAUAAGGACACAACCUUUCAAGACUUUUCCAAUUAAGAAUAUGACUCUCUUCUUUACUAAUCAAGGUUGUCACCUAUCAAAAGCUCUAAUCAAGGAUAUGACCUUUG